UUUUAAAUGCAGUGAAGACACUCGUUUUGCACCACACUGUGGAGAACUCUUACUCAGUAGCAAAUAAGCGAUAAGUUGAAGCAUCAAGAAUGGCGAAGCACAACCUCGGUCUUCUGGUUGCCAUGGCGCUGUCAUUGAUCAUCUUCAUCAUCACCAUGGUGUUCUCUGCGCUGGCAGCAGCUGGAGGCUCCCCGUUUUUAUACGACACCAGCAACAUUUCUGCUCAGUUUGUCAUCCAGCUCACACCAUCAGGUUGGACCUUCACCAUCUGGACGAUCAUUUACUUGUUUCUGGCUCUGGUGAUGGUGUACGUGCUCUCUGGCAUCUUCAGAAAGAACGCCUAUGGCUAUGUCUACUGCAGCCCUCCUGUUCUACCGUACGGCUUUUUUGCGUUUUGGUGCUUGAAUCUGGUUCUCAACGUCUCAUGGUUGUUCCUGUGGGACAGAAUGUUCAUGCCUGCUGCGCUUGCUUUCCUCAUCCUAAUCACACUGACAAACUAUGGUGUGAUAUUCUUCUCCUGCUACGGCCUGAGCCAAUAUGGAGCCUGGCUCAACAAAUACCACAAAGUAGACCUGUGGCUCCACAGAGUAUUGAUUCAGAAUGGGGUCGCCAUAUAUGCCACAUGGACAACCAUAGCUUCUCUUGUUAACUUGACCAUUGUGUUAGAGUAUGACGCCAAAGUAUCCAGCACAGAGGCUGCCACGGUUUCCCUUUCACUUUUGACCGUAGUGGUGGCUGCAUGGUUCCUCCUGGAAAACUUUGUCCUCGACAAACACGUCAGGUUCAUUCUCUCCAUCUACCCGGUUGUGAUCUGGGCGCUGACAGGCGUCUUUACGGAAAACUACAACGCUGCUGAUCCCACUCGCAAUAACGUCUUCAUUGCUGCACUGUUGGGCACUGCCUGUUUCCUGUUUGUUGCACGGAUACUUCUGGUCACCUGGAGGCAAAUCAAAAAACCGCUCUACAAAGACGUAAACCCUGAUGACAUGUCGCCAAUGGAGAUUGCAGAGAAGCAGAAAAAGAUGUUUAGAUGAGCGUCUUGAUUGCGUAUGUGUGUGUAAUUGAGGCGUUUAUUUUAUGUCUGACUUUAUCUUGCGACCUCUGUAAAAUAUUUCUGAAAAUCCAUUGCAUCUGUUUAAAAUGAUAAGCGUGUCCUUGAAAAGAUGGCUGACUCAUCAUAAAGCUCUUAUGAACAUACAUGAUAACACCUGUCAACAUGCUGAGGUCCCUGAGAGAUUAGAUAUGGGUGUGCGAUUUUUAUUUCGCAUGUGCUUUGUCCUUAUGUUAUUGUUUGCUUUUUGUUAAUAUAUUAUGAC